ACUUACCAAUGUACGAGUUAGUAAGCAUACCUAUGUCAAACAGAAGCAUGUUCGUUCAUACCUAUGAAGUGCCCUUAAUGGACUACCACGCGUAUAGGGUUAACAAGACCCUUCUCCUAUACAUACCACCGAUAUUGCUCCUCAUAGGCACCGUGGGGAACCUAUUUUCGUUUUUCGUGCUCCGUCAGUCUAUGACCCGUGUGUCCACAUAUUUUUAUUUGGCUGUGUUGUCCCUCACUGACCUGUUGGUUCUCUACAUAGGUCUGCUGAGGCGCUGGACGGGCGAGCUGACUGGGGUGGAUGUCAAGGACCAAGCGGCUUGGCUUUGUAAGCUGACUGUGACCGUUACUUACCUGUUUAGUGACUUUUCGGUGUGGCUAAUUGUUGCGGUCACGGUGGAACGUUACAUCGCCGUGUGUCAUCCCCUACAGGCGUCUGUCUUGUGUAGCGUUCAAAAAGCCCGGACGGUCAGUGUCGUCAUGUUCCUUACCAUUGUCGCCAUAAAUGUCCACUUCAUGUGGACGGUGGACUUGUCCAUCACCAAGACCAACGGCUCGGACAUCGCCACAUGCGUGGCGAACGAGCGCUACAUGUACCUACUGGACGAAGUCUGGCCCUGGGUGGACGCAGCCAUUUACUCGUUCGUUCCAUGUUUCAUACUAGCGAUCCUGAACUUUCUUAUCAUCAGACAGGUGCUACUUGCACGACGGUUUCGGUGUCAGUUACAAAACUGUAAAUCUGGAAGGAAUAACCAAUUACAGAAAAGGUUACCAACAGAGGGAAGUAUUAAAUUGACACUGAUGCUACUAGCUGUAUCGUUCACAUUUAUGAUAACGACUUUACCAAACAAUGUAUCUCUAAUAGUGACCGUUCUCAUGGAUAGCCAGUUGACCACAUUAGAACAGAUUGCUAGAUUUGCUCUCGCUAAAACUAUCACAGAACUUCUCAUGUAUACGAACCAUUCCAUGAAUUUCUUUCUAUAUUGUGCUACAGGGAAGAAAUUCCGAAGAAACAUCGAAAAACUUCUUUGUAAAGUGAAAGAGUACCGCCGAUCUUUUGACCACAACAGUAGUCCCAACAGUAUGCUAUUGUCUCGGGUGAGUUUCAGCGGUAACCAACGAAUGAACCUCCUCAAUUCUAACACGCACGUGGUAGGUAGUCGCAAGGCGACGGAACUGUGAUCCCGUAAA